CCAUGCCGCCCUCCGCGAUGCUUCUGCUGCUGCUGCCGCUGCUGCCGCUGCCGGCGGCGCUGGCGGUGCCCGCCCCGGCGGGGGUGGCGGCGGGGGGCUGCGGGCCCUGCGAUCCGGCGCGAUGCCCGGCGCUGCCGGCGCGGGGGUGCCCGCUGGGCCGGGUGCGGGACGCCUGCGGGUGCUGCUGGCAGUGCGGGCGCGGCGAGGGCGAGGCGUGCGGGGCCGGCGGCGGCGCCGCGGGAGGACGCUGCGCUCCGGGACUCGAGUGCGUGAAGAGCCGGCAGCGCCGCAAGGCGAAGAGCGGCCCGGGGCUCCCCGCCUCCGGCCCGCCCGGCGUGUGCCUCUGCAAGAGCCGCUACCCGGUGUGCGGCAGCGACGGGCUCACCUACGGCAGCGGCUGCCAGCUCCGCGCCGCCAGCCUGCGCGCACAGAGCCGCGGGGAGCCCGCCAUCAGCCAGCGCAGCAAGGGAGCCUGCGAGCAAGGACCCUCCAUUGUGACUCCUCCUAAGGAUAUCUGGAAUGUGACAGGAGCACAGAUCUACCUGAGUUGUGAAGUCAUUGGCAUCCCAACUCCUGUCCUCAUCUGGAACAAGAUAAUUCGAGGACAGUAUGGUGUCCAGAGGAUGGAGCUCCUGCCUGGGGACCGGGAGAACUUGGCUAUCCAGACCCGAGGGGGCCCAGAGAAACACGAAGUGACUGGCUGGGUGCUCAUAUCCCCUCUGAGCAAAGAGGAUGCUGGGGAAUAUGAGUGCCAUGCGUCAAAUGCCAAAGGAGAGGCAACAGCUUCUGCAAAAAUCCACGUUGUGGAAACUCUGCAUGAAAUAGCUCUGACCAAAGAUGAUGGUGCAGAGCUGUGAUGUGAGGACUUUCACUUAUGCACAGUUUUAAAUUAGUAUUUUGGAAAGCUGCAAGCUCUGGCUUUUUCUAGCUGACUAAUCAUUCCCUCUUAACUCCCUUAUUCUUUGACUCCCAAUUUGCUUGCACACUUCUUUCACAGAUGCACAAAUAAAGAGAUUCACAAGUUUGAUUACAAAUUUUAAUUCUAUUUACAGGAAAUAAACAUACUUUUCAACAGCA